CUCCGGUGUCCGGAGGCAGAUAUCCCUCAUUAUUUGAUCACCACUACUCUACUCCCUCCCACCACCUUCCCCUCCGCUGCCACCUCCCCUCCUGCCCGUUCUUCUCUCCUCUCCCCCCAGCAGAACACAGCUCACCACCACCUCCCCGGUCUCCGUCCCACGCAGUCUCUCUUGGGGCUUAAAUCCAGCACGGCCGGCCGGCCAUCGAACCUCCUGCUCCCGAGGAUUACUUGGUCUCUUCCAGGGAAAGAAAAAGGACGAGUUGUGGUGGUCGCGGUGUGUUCUUGGAGUGCUGUUCCAAGGUUGCUGCUUGCGGUGAGGGUGGUGGUACUGGUCUCUCGCGGCAAUGAGGAGCGGCAACCAUGUCUGCUCCGCUGUUGCGUCCUUCGUCUUGCUGUGGCUGGGCGUGGCCGCCGCGCAGGGCGCCUCGUCUUGGAAGACACUUAGCGGCGAUGCUCCGGCGAUCAUAGCCAAGGGUGGAUUUUCAGGCUUAUUCCCCGAUUCGAGCGAAUUCGCUUAUCAGUUCGCGCUGAUUGCUAGCUCGCCAGACACGAUCCUAUACUGUGAUGUCCGGCUGACAAAGGAUGGCCUUGGAGUUUGUCUACCGGACAUUAAGUUGGACAACUGCACCAAUAUUCCAGAAUUCUAUGCUGACGGUAAAAAGAGCUACCUUGUUAAUGGCGUGUCGACGACGGGAUGGUUCUCAGUGGACUACAAUGGCACCGAGCUCUCCCAGGUUUCUUUGAAGCAGUCCAUCUAUAGUCGCACGCCCAGGUUUGACCCAAGCUUCUUUCCAUUGCUUGCUGUUGAAGACGUGGCAUCCAAGUUCAAGUCUCCUGGAAUUUGGCUCAAUAUCCAGCAUGACAGUUUCUACAGCCAGUUCAAUAUGAGCAUGAGGAACUAUAUCCUUUCUGUAACGAAACGUGUUGUUGUUGAUUAUAUAUCAUCGCCCGAAGCGAGCUUUCUCACCAGCAUCAGUGGAAGGGUUAGCAACAAAACAAAGCUCGUAUUCCGCUUUCUUGACGAGGCCACUCUCGAACCAUCUACCAAACAGACAUAUGGUUCCAUGUUAAAAAAUCUCACAUUUGUCAAGACAUUUGCAUCUGGAAUACUUGUCCCGAAGAAGUAUAUCUGGCCUGUUUCACCAGAUAAUUAUCUGCAACCAUACACUUCAAUCGUCGAUGAUGCUCAUAAAGCAGGGUUGGAAAUUUAUGCUGCUGAUUUUGCAAAUGACUUUACGCUCAGUUACAACCAUAGCUAUGAUCCAUUAACAGAAUCUCUCUCGUUCAUUGAUAAUGGUGCAUUUUCUGUUGAUGGAAUAUUGACUGAUUUCCCUGUUACACCUUCAGAGGCCAUUGGCUGUUUUGCCAAUUUAAACAAAAGCAACACAGAUCAUGGGAAACCUUUAAUUAUUUCCCACAAUGGUGCUAGUGGAGAUUACCCAGGCUGCACCGAUCUAGCUUACCAAAAAGCAGUUGACGAUGGUGCAGAUGUAAUUGAUUGUCCUGUUCAAAUCACCAAAGAUGGCAUACCAGUAUGCAUGGGUUCCAUUAAUUUAAUGGAUGGUACUACUGUUGCAAAAUCACCAUUUGCUUCCCAGAUAGCAGUGAUGAAAGAUAUUCAGAGUGUGCUAGGAGUCUUUACUUUCAACCUCACUUGGGAAGACAUUGUGAAGAAUCUAAAACCCAAAAUAUCAACCCCUCUUAGCACCUUCGCUUUGGACAGAAAUCCAAGAUACAGGAAUGCAGGAAAUUUCAUGAGAUUAUCGGACUUUCUGGACUUCUCAAAAGAUAAGGAUUUAUCAGGAAUCAUGAUUAGCAUAGAGCAUGCUGCUUUUUUAGCAGAGGAACUUGGAUUUGACAUGGUAGAUGCAGUUAUCAAAGCGCUUGACGCUUCCGGUUACAACAAACAAACUGCCCAGAAAAUUAUGAUUCAAUCAACGAACAGCUCAGUUCUGGUGAAGUUCAAGCAGCAAACGAAGUAUGACCUUGUGUACAUGAUCAAUGAAGAUGUCAGGGAUGCCGCGCCCUCCUCACUUGCCGAUAUUAAAAAGUUUGCCAGUGCUGUUUCUGUCGAUACCGGCUCUAUUUUCCCUGAAAACCACCAUUUCUUGACAUCCCCGAGCGGUCUUGUCCAGUCCCUGAAGACCGCUAAUCUCUCGAUCUACGCCUAUACUCUCAUGAACGAGUUUCUUUCUCAGCCAUACGACUUCUUCUCAGAUGCGACCGCACAGAUCAAUGCAUAUGUUCAGGGUGCCAAAGUGGAUGGGCUAAUUACUGAUUAUCCUGCGACAGCACGGAGAUACAAACUGAACGCCUGCAAGAACAUGGGGAAAAAAGCACCAAGCUUCAUGGCCCCUGCUCGCCCUGGUGAUCUGCUGCAGAUCAUCAGUAAACCGGCGCAGCCACCAGCAUUGGCCCCGAUGCCGCUUCUAGUGGAUUCAGACGUGACGGAGCCACCCCUACCUGCAGCCAGAUCAAACAAUGGCACAGCUCCAGCACCUUCAUUUGCAUGGAGGAUGGAGACUCGUGUCCCAAUUCUUGUCACGUUGGCAGUGCUCUGUGCCUCUGUCCUGAUCUGAGAUUGCAGCUCAGCAUGACACAGCUAGAGAUAAGCGAAUAUGCCAAUCUACUAAUCCGAUAUCUUUUUUUCUGCUUCAGUAAUUUUUUGCGGUGAGGGGUUGCCCCCGUGGAACUCUCCCUAGUGUUUAUCAGUACAUAUGUGUUGGAAUAUAUUCUCAAUGUUAUGGACCAAGUGUCUGUAAAUCAGAUGGUAUAGUUCUCUACAAUCUGAAUCUCCGAGGCAUCAUUAUUU